AUGCCUGGGCAACUCUAUGCGCCAAAAUUGAGUGGCAUUGUCAAGUUUACCAACUGUCGCCUGGUCCGGAAUGACAAAUUCGUCUUUGAGGAUCUUUGGGUGAGCUCUGAGACUGGAACUAUUCUCUCCAGCCAGGCAGCGUUCUUCGACAACCAUACCCUCCCCGAUGAAGUGAUCGACCUCGAGGGACGAAUCAUUUCUCCUGGCCUGAUCGAUGUGCAGCUGAACGGGGCUUUUGGCUUCAACUUCUCCACAGCCCCCGAGGGGUCAUCGUAUGCCAAAUCCAUCGCAGAUGUAAACCGGAAGUUGGUUCAGACUGGUGUGACUUCUUAUGUACCGACUCUCACAAGCCAGAAGCCAUCACUAUACCAGAAGGCACUGCCUUUUCUCCGCCCUAACAACUCUCGCGUCGGCGACAAUGGGGCAGAGUCCCUUGGAGCCCACGUUGAGGGGCCGUUUCUGAACCCUAGAAAGAACGGAAUUCACGAUGUAAAUGUCCUUCUCGAAGCCAAAAGCUUUGCUGAUAUCGAAAAUUGUUAUGGCAAGGAGAAUCUCGGAGGAUCGGACUCUGGAACAAUCGCUAUCAAGAAGAUCACUCUCGCACCUGAACGUGGAAACAUGCUUGCCUUGAUUCCCGAACUACGCGAGCGAGGCAUCAUUUGUUCCAUCGGACACUCCGAUUCCGCAUAUGAAGAAGCUUCGAGCGCUGUUUCUGCGGGAGCAACCAUGAUCACACACCUCUUCAAUGCAAUGCGGCCGCUUCAUCAUCGUAAUCCAGGCAUCUUUGGGGUGCUAGGCAUUGCUGAAAAGCUGCCUAGGCCCUACUUUGGAAUCAUCGCUGACGGCAUUCAUCUACAUCCCACAGUCAUCAAGAUCGCGUAUAAUGCGCACCCAGAAGGGUGUAUCUUGGUCACAGAUGCUAUGCACUUGGUUGGUCUCCCUGAUGGUGCAUACCCCUGGGGAAAUGGCGAUGUCGAGAGCAGAAUCAUCAAAACCGGCCCUACAUUGCGGCUUGAAGGCACCGACAAGAUCGCUGGAAGCUCCAUUACCCUCGUUGAGUGUGUCAACAACUUUCUCGAAUGGUCAGGGGUUUCCGUCCCCCAAGCGUUGAAAAGCGUGACCAUCACGCCCGCAGCCAUGCUGGGCGUUGAAGGGACCAAGGGGUCGCUUGCAUCCGGUGCUGAUGCAGACCUUGCAAUCUUCUCCGAGAUAAAAACAGAAAAUGGUGCCCCCCAGUUAGUUAUUGAUGAAGUAUGGAAAUAUGGGAAACGUGUUUUUCGUCGGGAAGGAGUGGAAAUUCCCGAGCCAACAAGUCCGCUCGGUUCCUUUGAAUAG